AUGCACACAAGCAGCGACUCUCAGAAGGUACCUACUGCCACGGGCGAUGCCGCAAGCAGCAGUAGCAAUAUCUCGGAAGAUAAUCACACGUCUAUCGAGUACACGGAAGAAGAUUCCUCAGAGUUCCCUGAUGGCGGGUGGCGAGCUUGGUCAGUGGUCUUGGGAUCAUGGUGUGCGUUGCUUCCAAGCUUCGGUCUUAUGAAUAUCACGGGGAUUUUAGAAGAGUGGCUGGCAGACCACCAGCUGCAGAACUAUUCUAAGGCAUCAAUCUCCUGGAUCUUUAGUUUAUGGCUCUUUCUCUUUUACCUCGGUGGCAUCCAAACCGGGCCCGUCUUCGACUCACACGGUGUUAAGUACACUCUGCUUCCGGGAUGUGUCGGUUUCACAGCAUCGAUAAUGAUACUCAGUGUCGCACAAGCAUACUACCAGUUCAUCCUCGGGUUCAGUGUCCUUGGCGGUCUUUCCGCAUCGGCCAUCUUACCACCAGCGUUCGGCACCAUAAAUCACUGGUUUUACAAGCGUCGGGGCCUGGCUACAGGAGUCUCCUCUACCUGCGGUGGGAUCGGGGGCAUCAUAUUGACAUAUAUCUUCGGAACACUCCGAGAUCGAAUUGGAUUUCCUUGGGCGGUUAGAGUGCUGGGUUUCUUGUUUCUGGGUUGCUUUUUCAUUAGCUUGUUUUUGACCAGGACGAGACUGCCUUCAAAUAACUCCAAGAGCUGCACGAUUGACCUUCACUCCCUGCGAGAACCGGCAUUCACAAUGACUUCCCUCGCCGUGACCGCCGCAGAAGUCGGCCUGAUGGUUGUCAUCACGUACCUGCCUUCGUAUGCCUCGUCACAUGAGAUAACCGGUUCCCUAUCGUACGAGCUGAUGUCUAUCUUCAGCGCUACAUCGAUUCCCGGCCGAGUUAUCCCAGGCCUGCUAGCUGAUCGCUGGGGCCGGUUCAACGUUAUGAUCGCCACUGGGUCCGUUUGUACGAUAUUAAUCCUUGCCCUAUGGCUUACGGCCAACGAAAGCAAAGCAGCGAUUAUAAGCUUCGCUGCCUUUUUCGGCUUCUGGGCCGGUCCGGCUAUUAGUCUGUCGCCAGUGUGCGUGGCCCAGAUCUCUAAGACAGAGGACUAUGGCAAACGAUAUGGGACGAUGAAUACAAUCAUGGCUCUCUGUCUCUUGGUGGCUAUUCCCGUCGCGGGAGAGAUUCUCAAGGCGCAGAAUCCGUCAACGCAUCAGGAGACAGUGUAUUGGGGGCUGAUUGUCUUUUCCGGUCUGUCAUAUGCUUGCUCGACGCUGUUCCUGAUCCUGGCCAAAGGUGUCUCUGUGGGAUGGACUGUGACUCGUAUAUUCUAA